AUGUCUCGGCCGGGCGCCGCAAGUGCACAAGUGCAGAUUGAGGUGCAACCGCCCACAAGCAGUACCUGCCCUUGUUCGUCCCUAACGCGGUCUGGCUCUAUGCCGGCCUCGCUGGCUCAAGCACGAAGGCACAGGACCCCGUGGACCCAGGGCAGGCGCAACGAUUACGGCAGCCAUCUGGGAAUCGUCCUGCCCAAACGACUCGCGGAGGACGCGGAGGAGGCAAAGGAGCUGCGGACACUCCGCAGUCAUCCGCUCCCGGUCGGCCGUGCUUGUGCACCAGGCUUGUGGGACACGCUCAUCCGCUCCUUGAGCCUGCGGGCGCCCUUAGAAAAACGGCACCUGGCCAAUGCAAGGCAAAACGGCUCGGAGUCCUGCCCGGCAGGGGCUAACCUGCCUGCCGGCCCGGCCCCUGCCUUGCCGGUAGAGGCGGAAAAAAGUGACAGGCAAGCCACAUCAGAGGUGCAGAGCUCGAAAAGCAGAAAGGGAGCUUCGGAACCUUCAAGGCGUCUCCUUCCAAUACGCCCAAAAUGUCCCGAAGCACUGGCCAGCAAGGUGAGUAUCGCCUUCGAGCGUGUGUGCAGUGAGGCUGCGGGUAUCACGGCGUCUCCAUCGUCAGACGCCUACGAUCUUACGAGCCGGCGCCUCAAGCGCCAAAGACACCGUCGACCACGCUUUCGGGGCCUCAGCUCAUGGCAGCUCCAAGGCCGAAACUCCUCGGGCCGGCACGUGCUCUGA